AUGGCCGCCGCCGUUCGCCACAUCGUGCGUCGCCGUCUCUCCACGGCCGCCACCACCACACCGGUCCCCACUCCGGGCUCCGUCCUCAACCCGUCCUCGCCGAGCACUCCCCUCACCUCGCGAGAGAAGACCCGACUCGCCAUCUCCCUCCUCAAGUCUUCUCCGCCGCCUCCCCCCAACCAGAUCCUCUCCAUCUGCCGCGCCGCCGCGCUGACCCCGGAGACCCACAUCGAUCGCAUCGCGCUGUCGCUAGCCGCAUCAAAGCUCUCCUCCGCUCCGGACACCCUCCGUGACCUCGCCUCUACCGUCCUCACCCCGCGCCACGCGCCCCACGCCAUCGUGCUCUUCGGCCAGGCAAACCUCCUCCCCGACGCCAUCUCCACUUUCCAGUCCUCCCCCUCCACCCGCUCCCUCAACGCCCUCAUCUUUGCGUGCAUCGUCUCCGGUAACCACACGGAGGCCGCCCGCGUCUUCCAGACAUUCCCAGACGCCCAUGGCGUCAAGCCCAACACCGAGACCUUCAAUGCCAUCAUUAAAUCAUUCGCCGAGUCUGGCACCAUAAGGUCCUUUUACUCGGUUUUCGAUGAAAUGUGCAAGAAGGGCUUGAAGCCCAACGCCACCACGUUUACCACUGCGCUCGCUGGUUUCUACAAGGAGGAGAGGUUCGAUGACGUCGGGAAGGUAUUAGAGCUCAUGAAGAAGAAUGGAUAUGGUGAGUCCCUGCCGGUAUACAAUGUGAGGGUGCAGAGUUUGUGCAAACUUGGUCGGAGUGGUGAGGCGAGGGCAUUAGUGGACGAGAUGGUGAAGAAGGGCACAAAGCCAAGCUGGGUGACCUACAAUCAUCUGAUUUAUGGAUUCUGUAAGGAGGGGGAUUUGGAGGAAGCAAAGCGUCUGUACAAGGAGAUGGGAAGGAAGGGGCUUGUCGGAGAUAACAAUUUCUAUUUUAUGUUUAUUCAUUACCUUUGUAAGGGUGAUGAUUUUGACACUGCCCUUGGACUAUAUAAUGAGAUAGCAGCUAAGAAUUGGGUGCCAUGCUUCUCGCUCAUGAAAAUGCUUGUGAAUGGACUUGCUGGGAGCUCAAGGACCGAUGAGGCAAAAGGGAUCAUUGAGAAGAUGAAGGAGAAGUUCCCAGAUAAAACUGAGGGGUGGAAGGAGGUGGAGGAGGCAUUGCCUCAUUAG